AUGUAUAUAAAACAGGUUGUCAUUGAAGGCUUCAAGAGUUACAAAGACCAAACAAUAUCAGAGCCUUUCGAUCAGCACAUCAAUGUCGCAGUGUCUGACCCACUUACUUUCUAUGCAGCUAUCCGCUUUGUCCUGAGUGACAUUUUCACAACCCUGCGCGCUGAAGAGCGACAGCGGCUUCUCCAUGAAGGCGCAGGGCAUGCAGUGCUGUCUGCCUACGUAGAGAUCGUUUUUGACAACUCAGACAACCGCAUCCCGGUUGACAGGGAUGAGGUGAGACUGCGCCGUAGCAUCGGCCUGAAGAAGGAUGAGUACCUUCUGGACAAGAAGCAUGUCACGAAGACAGAGGUCAUGAACCUGCUGGAGAGCGCUGGCUUCUCACGAGCCAACCCCUACUAUGUCGUGCAGCAAGGGAAGAUUAUGGCGAUGUCGACGAUGAAGGACCACGAGCGGCUGGAGCUGCUGAAGGAGAUUGGGGGCACCAAAGUGUACGAGGAGAGGCGAAAGGAGUCCAUCAAAAUCCUGCAUGAGACCGACAACCGCCGCCAGCGCAUCCUGGAAGUGCAGCAGCUGGAGGAGCGGCUGGCAGAGCUGGAGGAGGAGCGCAAGGAGCUGGCCAAGUUCCAGCAGAUUGACAAGCAGCGCCGCAGCCUCGAGUUCGCCAUCUACGACAAGGAGCUCGCCGACACGCGCGCCAAACUGGAACAGGUGGAGGAGCAGCGGAAGAAUGAGAGCGAGCGCACAGGGAAGGUCCAUGAGGACAUGGCGCAGGCACGCACGCAGCUCAAAUGCAUCGACAAGGAGAUGAAAGCCUUGCAGAGCAACUUGACGGACCUGGAAAAGAAGAGGAAGGAGGCGGCUGGCGAGAGGGCGGCAAGGAAUACCAAGAGGGCCAAGCUGGAAGUGGAUGUGGCUGAUCUGGAGGAGCAGAUCCGUAAGCAUGAACAGACGCAGAAAAAGUGCUCGUCCAAGGCGAAGAAGCUCCAGGACGAGAUUGCGGAGAAGCAGGCGGAGCUGGAAGCUGCGCAGCAGGACCGUGCUGCCCAGGAGGCUGCACACGAAGCCCUCAUCAAGGACAUUGCUGACACAGAGCGGCGCCUGCAGGCGCUGUAUCAGAAGCAGGGCAGAUCGUCACAGUUCAAUACCAGGCAGGAGCGCGACGAGUGGAUCAACAAGGAGGUGACGCAGCUGGAGACCGCUGCGGCGGUCAAGGGCUCCAGCCACGACGAGCUGGAGGCCCAGACUCAGCAGCUGUCCUCCCAGCUCAUGGACCUGUCUCAGGAGAUUGGUGACAAGGAGGCGGAGAUCCGCGCGCAGCAGGACGCGGCGGCGGCUGCCGAGACUGAAAAGUCUGGGCUGGAAGCCAAACGCAACGCCCUCAACGACCAGCGCAAGGAGCUGUGGCGCGCUGAGAACGAGGCCGAAUCCGCCACCGCCAAAAUGAAGGCCGACAAGCAGAAGGCGGACAAGAAGGUGGACAUGUCGAUGCCGCGCGAUGUGAGCAGGGGCGUGAACAGCGUCAAGCGCUUUGUGCGCCAGGCAAACAUGCGCGGCGUCCACGGCACCCUCAUCGAGCUCAUCGACGUGUCAGCGGGCAACCAGCUCUUCCACAUCCUGGUGGACACCGAUGACAUCGCCGCGAGGCUCAGCGCAAUGCUCAAGAAGGAGAAGGCCGGCCGCGUGACUUUCAUUCCCCUGAACCAAGUACGCGCGCAGAAUGUCAACUACCCCAACGUGGGCGACGACGCCCUGCCGCUCGUGAAAAAGCUCAAGUUCGAGGCGCGCUACAAGGAUGCCGUGUUCGGCAAGGUGAUGGUGUGCCGGGACCUGGAGACGGCGACGCGCGUGGCGAGGGAGUCCAGUCACCUCAACUGCGUCACCAUCAAGGGCGACCAGGUCUCCAAGAAAGGCACCAUGACCGGCGGCUACCUCGACCUCUCCAGGGAGACGCUGCGCCAGGCGCGCAACGACUUGACUGUGCUGAAGAAGCGCGAGGCAGAGGCGCGCAAGACGCUGGAGCAGAAGGAGAAGCGCCUGUUGGACAUCGCCGCGAGCGUGGAGGGCCUCCGCUCGCGCGUUGCAGAGCUCAAGGCCGAGCUGGGCACUGAGAUGCUCGCGCAGCUGUCGGCCGCUGAGCGAAAGGAGCUUGCCACGCUGGCACCCCAGCUGACACAGCUGCAGGAGAAGAAGGCGGAGAUGUCCGAGGGGCUGCUGGAGGUGGUGGAGAAGGCCACGGAGCUGGAGACACUGCUCAACGACAACCUCCUGCGUCAGCAGCAGGAACUUGACCAGACCCUCAGCAGCGCUGACGUGGAGGCUGACAGGAAAGCGCUGGAGAAACUGCAAGAGCAGGCGGUAGAAGCUCAGCAGGAGCUGGAGGAAGCUGCGGAGAAGGAGCGGGAGGCGGCAGCUGCCCUGGAAACCGACGAGAAGGAGCUGCAGAAACUGCGCGCCGAGCAGGAGCGGCUGAAGGAAGUCGUGGAGAAGGACUCCCAGGAAGCACAGGACGAGUCGCGCAAGGUGGAGAGCCUGCUGAGCAAGCGCGCGGCGCUGGGGCAGAAGCGGGGGGACCUGGAGCGCAAGAUCCGCGAACUGGGCAGCCUCCCGGCCGACGCCUUUGACAAGUUCCGCGACACUACCCUCAAAGACCUCAUGCGCCUCCUGCAGAAGGCCCAGAACCAGCUCAAGAAAUACGGGCACGUGAACCGCAAGGCGCUGGACCAGUACGCGGCGUUCACGGACCAGCGCGCUGAGCUGGCGCGGAGGCAGGAGGAGAAUGCGCGUGGGGAGGCCAAGAUCAAGCAGCUCAUCGACACCCUCGACCUGCGCAAGGAUGAGGCCAUUGAGCGCACCUUCAAGGGCGUGGCGAAGAAUUUCCGGGAGAUAUUUGCGGAGCUGGUGCCGGGGGGCCGCGGCGAGCUGGUGAUGCAGAAGCGGCUGCGCGUGGAAGCUGCCGCAGAAGCUGCCGAGGAUGACGAGGACGGCGCCGAGGGCGGCCACAACGUGUCCGAGAAGUACAGCGGCGUCAAGGUCAAGGUGUCGUUCGGGUCGGGCGAGAACCUGGUGAUGAAGCAGCUGAGCGGCGGCCAGAAGACGCUCGUGGCUCUGGCGCUCAUUUUCGCCAUUCAGCGCUGCGACCCCGCACCGUUCUACCUCUUCGAUGAAAUUGACGCGGCCCUCGAUCCGCAGUACCGCACCACGGUCGCGCGCAUGCUUGGCCGGCAGGCCCACGACAGCGCCAACCCUGCCCAAUUCAUCGUCACCACAUUUCACCCCCAGAUCAUCGGGGAGGCGGACAAGAUAUACGGAGUGUCGCACGCCAACCGCAUCAGCCGCGUUGACGUCGUGUCGCGCGAAGACGCUCUUGAGUUCGUGCAGACCAACCUUCAAGACCACGGCCGCGCCGCCGGCGCAGAAAACACCGACCCCAACUGA